AUGCCCUAUGAGAACGACACGAGCAUGCAGAAGUUGCCGCUGGUCGCGAUGCUCUUCGAGCUGUUGCCGCCGCGACUCAGGCGCCGACCCAAGCUGGUGAACAGCCUGACUGAAAUGGGUCUCUGUCGGACGUCGAGUCAGCGGGCGAACUUCGGAUUUCCAUUUGACAAACAGCUUAACCAAAACUACACAGAUCCCAUUCGUAUAUGCAACUACUUCCAUGAUUGUAACAUGUUCGUCAAGGCCGUACUGCCCGAUCUACGGAUGAAACUGUUUAUCCACGAUGUGAAUGAGUUCUUGAUGCCGCACGAUCGUCGCACUUUGAGCAUCGAGUUGGGGGACAAGGAUAUUCAGGGCUUCAGGGUGAUGCUCAACUCCCUCUCAGCCGAGGACAGCGUGCGCAAUGUGCCUGUCGCCUAUCGCCGCUGUCGCUACACCGACGAGAACAAUCUGAAGUACUAUAGUGUGGGUGCAAGGGCAACUUGAGCUGUGCAUAA